GGAAAUCGCAUGUCAAUGCACACCCAACUGUCCACGACAUCUUCAACGGAGACGUUGCCGCGCCGAGUACAUUCAUUUGCGAGUUUGACGCAGAUAUCUACAACGACUUUACUCGAUUACGAUCUUAGAGUUGCAUUAGCCCCUCCCGCAGCUUUGUGCUCCCUGUCUCAAGCGCUACUCGAUUUUUUGCACUGGACGUCAUCUGGAUGCCCGACUUAGGCUGCUUCAUCACAAUCAAGCAGCAACGGUACCCGAUCCGACCGCAGCUAUCAUCGUCGCAUAGAACUCGGUCGGCUCCUCCUCAAACCUGAACAACACAGGAAAUAUUUCCUUCGAGCAAUUGCAGAGCAAGGCAAAUUCAGCGAGAUUGGCCUGCCAAUCUUUGAAUCGAACAUAAACGGACGACCCGUUCAACUGACGGACCUGAUCCUCGACUACCUCUUCGCAUCGCUGGUGACGCCCAAAAAAGAACACGAUGGCGGAACAAGAGGAGGAUUUUAGCUCUUUGCCGCUGACAGACCGUUGGGUGCACAAGGUCUGGAAAGUGCGAAAGCAAGCUUACGAAGACGGCGCGAAACAAUUUGAAAAGACACCCGACGAACACGACCCAGCCUUUCGACCAUUCCUCCAAGACCCUUCUCUCUUCAAGUCAGCAGUAGCAGACUCCAACGUCGCGGCGCAACAAGAAGGAAUCGCGGCAUUGUGCGCAUUUCUCAAGUUCGGUGGCAGGGAAGGAUGUCUGCGAACACGAGGCCAAGCCAUUACCCCCAUUCUCGAGAAAGGCCUUUCGUCAACAAGAGCAGCCACCAAGGCGUCGUCGCUCGAGGCUCUUUUACUGUUUAUAGAACUCGACGUGCCUGGCCCUGUCAUUGAGGAUGUUCUGCCGAUAUUGUCGGCGAAACAACCCAAGGUCAUUGCUGCCGCAUUGGCCGCCCUGACGCAGAUCUUCCACAACUACGGCUGCAAGACGGCCGAUCCGAAACCGGUUCUCAAAGCGCUUCCAAAGGUCUUUGGCCAUGCGGACAAGAAUGUCCGAGCCGAGGCAACGAACCUGACUGUCGAGUUCUACAGGUGGCUGCGAGAUGCAAUGAAGCCCAUGAUCUGGAACGAGCUGAAGCCGGCACAACAGACGGAUCUCGAGGCCCAGUUUGAAAAGAUACGGUCGGAACCUGCGCCAAAGCAAGAACGGCUCUUAAGGUCCCAGCAAGAAGCAAAAGCGAGAGCACCUGUAGGGGGUGGGGAUGAGUACGACGAAGGCGAGGAGGAAGCAGAGGAGCCUGCAGAGAUUGAUGCGUUUGACCUCGCGGAGCCGCAAGACGUCCUGAAAGCCGUGCCUGCAUCUUUUCACGAUAACAUCGCUUCGUCGAAAUGGAAGGACAGGAAAGAGGCAUUGGAAGGACUCUUUGCCUUGUUAAAUGUGCCUCGCAUCAAAGACGGCGAUUUCAACGAGAUAAACCGGGCGUUUGCCAAGAGUAUGAAGGACGCCAAUAUUGCGGUUGUUAUACAGGCGGCCCAAUGUCUCGAGGCCUUGGCCAAGGGACUGCGGAAAGCCUAUGGCAAGUACCGGAGUGUUGUCAUGCAGCCAAUUCUUGAAAGGCUGAAGGAGAAAAAAGCAACCGUUACCGACGCCCUUGGUGCUGCUUUAGAUGCCGUUUUUAUGUCAACGAGUCUGUCAGAGUGUCUUGAGGACAUCACUGCCUACAUGAUUCACAAGAAUCCUCAAGUCAAGGAGGGAACUGCAAAAUUUCUGAUACGCUGCUUGAGGACAACAAGAGAUGUCCCCGCCAAACCGGAAAUAAACACCAUGGUAGAAUCGGCCAAGAAACUCCUUGCCGAGUCAACAGAGACGUUGCGAGCCAGCGGUGCCGAGAUUCUUGGAACGAUUAUGAAGAUCAUUGGCGAGCGCGGCAUGAAUGCACACCUUGAGGGCCUGGACGAUAUUCGCAAGAACAAGAUAAAAGAGUUUUUCGAGACAGCCGAAGUCAAGGCAAAGGAAAGACCCAAACCGAUCAUCGGCAAAACGCCAGCACCAGCAGCUGGCCCGCCGAAGCGGUUGAUGGGUGGCAAGAAGGCGCCGGCUGGUGCAAAAAAGCCGGCUGCUGCCGCCCCGCCAGCAGCAAAGGAGGAGCCUUUGGCGCCGCAACCGACAUCCCGUCCCGCACCGGCUGGCGGCAAGUUGGGCAUGCCCAAGCCGUCAGGUCUAGGAGGUCUGAAGCCACCAGCAAAGCGAGCGCUCGCUGGCCCCGGAACAAUGGCAUCUCCACGUCGGCCACCCUCAGCUGCACCCCCUGUUAUGGACGACGAAGAACCCGAGUACGCAGCGCCGCCACCGCAACCGAAGCUGGGAAUGGGCCGAGGUGGUCUUGCUGGGCGUUCAUUGGCCAAGCCCGCCGCGCCGGCGGCAGCACCGGUGGCUCCCUCGUCGCCUGGUCCGUCAUCAGGGCUCAUGGCUCUUGAGCGCGCUGAGCUUGAGGAACUCCGUGCGGCCAAUGAUCGGUUGACAAAACUUGUGGAGGAAUCUCGACAUGAGCGCGUCAAACUCAUGUCGGAGAUUCAGGAACUGAAGAAUCAGAACGCAGGCCUGAUCGAAGACCAUACGCGCGACGUCCUCAGCAUUAAGGCCAAGGAGACGCAGCUCGUCCGGGCUAGGAGCGACGCCGAGGCCGCCGAGAGUACAAAUGAGCGUUUGCGACGCGAGCUGGAGCGUCUUAAGCGGGCGCUCGGCAAAGCGGAGGCUAUGGGAAUGCACAUGCAGCACGACGACCCACGAAGCCCGGCUGGGAGUGUGCCGUCUCCAUCGCAAGAUGACGUCGGCAUCUUUAGGGAUGGUAGCGAAAGGGGCGGAUAUGGAAGCGGCAGCAACGGGCGUAAUAGGAUCAGCUAUGCUAGCACGCACAGCGAAGAGAAAGAGAACGGCGACGAUCACCGUGCGCCGCCGUACAGCCGAAACAAGAUGAUGAGCCCCGAGCUCCGGUAUGCCAACAGUGGCACCUCGAGCGGGAGAGGCAGCCCCGCGAGGGGGUUCAGGAGAGAAGCGGGAGAUGGCGAAAGCGUCGGUGUGAGGCCGAAGUACUCGAGCGGUGCGAGCAACUACGCGUCCUUGGAGCGACCGACUUCUUCGGCGCCGGCUGCUGGGCAAGGAGUCGAGAGCUGGAAGAGGGCUGCCGAGGUGACAAGCCAGCUCAAGGCAAGAAUAGAGCAAAUGAAGGCAAAACAAGGAUUAUCACGAUAGCAAGUCCCUCAGUGGAUUUGCAUUUUUUCAGAAUUUCGGCACUCAUCCUCCCUUGUCGAGGAGCAACCGUUUUAGCGUAAUGUUUAUGUACACUUCUGGCAUAUCAACUUGGGCAUGGACUUGCGGGCAUCAUGGUUGACGGGGGUUAUCAAGGGCGGUUGUUUUACGAGUUAUGUCGGCGAGUUCUAGUUGUUUUCUGACGUUUGUUUGGAAUGAUGAUAUUUGCAUAUGUUAUCUUCCUAGCUUAUCUUUUCCUUUGUCGCGGUCGCGUGACUCUCCCGUACUUGUACCUACCCCUUUUUCUGAUUCCUGCCACGCACUAUUAGCUUGGCAGCUGUCUAGCCUUACGUGUUGACCAAUCCGGACCCUGGAGUCGAGUCCACCACAUGGAUACGCAUUAUCCACUCAUUUCAGCGAACGACCAAAUUCAAAGAGAAUGUCCCACAAAUUUCCCGCGGCAGCACAAGCCAUUUGCGGUCGCGGAUUUUUUCGGGGGUGGGAUUGG